AAUUCGUUCUCCACGUUUGUGUUUGGACCGGAGCGAAAAGCACACCAGUGCUUCGUCGAGUCGUCUCUCUCGUCUUGGCGACAAUUUUUAUAUAAAAGAAAACAAAGAAGGAAGAAGAAGAGAGAGAAAACGAAUCCACCAAACAAACAACACAGAGAAAAAACGAAUCGUCUCUAAGGAAUCACUAAAUCGGGUAUAUUUACACAUUAAUGCAAGCAUAUAACUCCUACUGUUUCUCUUCCUUCUCCUCCUCCUCCUCCUUCUUCUUCUUUGUCUCUCUUCGUUUGUGUUCGAAGGGCGUUAUUUCUAGUGGUGUCUUGUCGUAGAUCUUGAAACGCCAUAAGCAAAUAUUCUGGAUCCUUUUUGAGGCCCGAGAUUCUGUAGAGUUUUGCGUCGUGUUGGGAUCUGCCUUUUUCUUUACCUCUCUUCAGCUUGAAUUUUCAGAUUGUUAUAUCAACCAGUCCAACAAUAUCUAGUUCCCUAUAAGUAUUAAUUCCAGUUGGCGCGUGGGAGUGGGUAAGACUUUGGAGAAGGACAUUUAAUGGACAUAAAAUUUGAUGCAUUUGAUUAGAUGAAGGCAGGUCAGGCGUGGCAUCUAGGCAGCAUGGGUGAUAUGCAGAUCUUGCCUGGGCCUCGCCACCGUUCUCCUUUGAAGAGGCCACUUUGGAUUGCUUUGCUGGUUUCCUUGGUCAGCAUGUUUUUAGUAUUUCUGUAUAUGCAUCCACGCCAAACCAAGGCUGCCUGUUAUGUAUUCUCCCAUAGUUGCAAGGCUUUUAAUGAUUGGCUUCCACCUCCUGUCAGGGAAUAUAGUGAUGAGGAGAUAGCAUCUCGUGUAGUAAUUAGGGAUAUUUUGAGCUCACCUCUUGUUUUAACUAAAAAUUCUAAAAUCGCAUUCAUGUUCUUGAGUCCUGGUUCACUGCCUUUUGAGAAGUUGUGGGAUAAAUUUUUCCAGGGCCAUGAAGGCAAAUUCUCUGUUUAUGUGCAUGCAUCAAAGCAAAGACCAGUUCAUGUUAGCCGGUACUUCCUUAAUCGGGAUAUUCGCAGUGAUGAGGUUCAUAAAUCUACUUUCUACAAGUUAGCUUGAGUGCAUUCACAUCAUGCUGGUCAUUAACAUUUACAUCCACUUCUGUUUUCUGGCUCUGUUUUUUUAGCAAAAUCUGCAAGUUGUAUUCCCCUUUGGAAUUUUGAAUAUGUCUACAACUAUCUGAUGUACACAAAUGUCAGCUUUAUUGACUGCUUCGAGGAUCCUGGUCCACAUGGAACUGGCAGGCAUAUGGAACACAUGUUACCUGAAAUCCAGAGGAAAGAUUUCAGAAAGGGUGCUCAGUGGUUCACGAUGAAGCGGCAGCAUGCUGUGAUCGUUAUGGCUGACAGUCUUUACUACUCAAAAUUCCGGGAUUACUGUAGGCCUGGUGUUGAGGGUAAUAAAAACUGCAUUGCUGAUGAGCAUUACUUACCGACCUUUUUCAAUAUGCUUGAUCCUAGCGGUAUUUCAAAUUGGUCAGUAACACAGGUGGAUUGGUCUGAAAGAAAGUGGCAUCCAAAGUUAUAUAGGGCCCAGGAUAUUACGUACGAUCUUCUGAAGAAUCUUACGACGACAGAAAUAAGUGUACAUGUAACUAGUGUGGGCAGGGGGGAAGAGCUAUAUUGGCCAUGUGUAUGGAAUGGUAUUAGACGGCCAUGCUACUUAUUUGCGAGGAAAUUUCAUCCUGAAGCUCUAGAUAAGUUGCUGGACAUGUUCUCAAACUAUACAACAAUUUGAGGGAGAUAUACAUCACACUCAAUUCUUUGAUUACUCCCCCCAAUAUUUGUCGCCUGUCAACGGUUCUGACAUAUAAGCUUUCAAAAGUUGUAAAUUGGCGAAUUGUUAAAGGCACGAAAUGUUCCUGGACAACAAUUCUUGAUGAAAGGGCAACUAGGAGGAGGGGAAGGACAUGAGAGGAGAGACUUGAAGGGUAAGCAAGCUUUGUGUUGCUUCCUUCGGUUAUGUUUUUUUUUUUUGGUUAUAGGAGGCUGGGGUUUAUAUUUGAUGGUCAUUUGAGCUGUGGCUGUUAUAUAUUUCUGGACCAGAAUUUUUGGGGGCUUAAUUUUUUUUAGUGAUUUUAAUUGUUAGUCAUUGUAAAAGUGAAAAAUUUGAAAUUGAACUUUUUUUCUUCAAUUUCUGCCAGAAUUUCAGGCUUUAGAAAUUUGAAGUCUGUGAUGGGAAAAACACUGACGGAUGAAUUCUGUAUA